UCUCUUACUUCGUCAAAGAUGAUCUCUAAAGCGAGAAACCUGCUUUCUAUGUUUUAUGCAAAUAAUUCAAAUUUUUGGGGAUUUCUCGCAACAUCACAACUCAUCCUAAUUCAUCAAAUACUCACGACUAAUAUUGAGAAAAUGAAGACCACCUCUGGGAAAGAACAUAAAAGCUGUUUAUUGUUGCCACCGGUGAGGUUUUAUCUUUUUGGUUCUAAGGUACCAAUUUUUUAUCUGCAUUCCAGGACCGCGCUCAUAUUUUCCUCGAAUUUGGUCUACAGCAAAAACUUUGACAAAAAUGAUUCGGAACACAUUCAACGAUUGGAUCCGUUUGUGUCACUAGUCACACAAUGUCUUGAGUUCAAAUAUGAAAAGGUGAUCACAAAUGCACUUCGCUGUCUGAUCGGGAUGCUUUAUCUGUCGCUUCCAUCCUUGCAAAAAUCUCUCAAACAGAUCUCUGAGAGAUUAUUCAUUCUACUCUCUGAAUACUCUGUACUUGGUAGCGCGGCCAAUAAGGAGUCUGUGCUUGCCCUGAAUCAAUUGCUUUGCAAAACAUUCACGCAACUGAUUUUAAUGGGAGAUACUCCUUUUUUGACGGAUAAGCAUGUUUCUUUAUUGUUGAGCUAUGUGGAGAUGGAUGUGCUGGAUACUAAUAGACAAGCUACGGCUUUCGCGCUUAUCAAAGCUCUUGUUCGAAAGAAAGUUGAACAUAGCCAAAUUUCUGAUGUUAUGAAGAAGUUACGAGAGCUUUCGAUAACUUCGUCCUAUCCACAUAUUCGCACGCAGUGCAGGGAGGUGCUAUGCGAAUUCGUCGGCAAUCAUCCUUGUUCUGAUGAUCCGCAGAAGCACAUCGAGUGGUUCAUUGCACAGUUGGCUUACGAGCUUGAAGAUGGCCGCCUCAGCGCUGCAGAUAUGCUCAAUAGCCUAUUUUCUCGGCUGAAACCCGUGAGACUCCAUACAUUUGCGGUGUUGAAUAACUCAUGCUUCUACAACAUCUCCAAAAUGGGCCCAAUGCUUUUCAACGAAGAGAGUGUGAAGUGUAGAAAAUUUAUUGCGGGAGCUAUCAACAAGCUUCUUUCCUCAGUAAGCGAUUCAACUCGUGCAGACGUUUUCUCUGCUUGCUCGGAUUGGCUUGAGUUGCAAGAAGAAGAGAAGGUGGGUGCCCUCGAGGCUUUCGGCCCACGAUUCAGGUCGAUUCUCCCAUCCUUGCAUGUGUUACAACAAAUUUAUGUACCUUCCUUCAGUGAACGCACCAUCUCUGGUAUGUGUUACGGCGUAGCUUCUAUGCUUCAAAAUAUGGGAGAAGAAGCGCGUGAAGUGCUUGCUUUGGAAGACUUCUGCUUGCUUUUUGGUAAGGAAUUGUUGUGA